GCGCCUCCCGCUACCGCUGGACCAUCCCCAAGGAGCAGAUCUUCAGCGACAACAAGGUCAUCCCGUUCGACCAGCAGGUCUCCGAGUUUCUCUACAAGGGCGAGACCAAGAUGUUCUUCCUGGUGAAGAAGAAGCGUGAGGGCCCACUGUCCAUCACGGUGACGCCGUGCACAUCCAGCCUCCUCUGGUCGGUGGGCUACCGCAACGUCAGCAAUGACACCGAAAUGGGCGACCCCGAGCCGGAGCAGUCGCUGGGCGAGUACCGCGGCCGGCAGCUGCGCACGCUGCAGGUGCGGCCCGCGGCGCCCGGCCUGUACACGGUGCGCGUGGCGCCGCUCGAGGGCCAGUCGUACGUGAUGCUGUACGCGACGCAGCAGCCGGGCGGGCCCGGGCCGCUCUCCGUGCGCCACAAGCCGCGCCUCAAGCUGCAGCGGCGCCAGCGCCGCAAGGGACUCACCGUGCGCUGGGAGCCCAGCUCGGUGGACCCGCACCUGAUGCACUACUGCCUGGUGGUGAACCCGCGGCGACACUACUCGACGCUGUGCGAGGCGCGCGGUGAGCGCUACGGCGUCAUCCCGCCAGACGCGCCGGAGCCGGCGGACGGCGCGCCGGUGGGCUUCAACUUCCCGCACGACGUCGCCGGCGCCACCAAGGCGUCGCUCGCCAGCAAGGCCGAGCGGCACAACGCCAGCCGCCUCGGCCGCGGCUCGGGCGCAGAGACGCACGAGGACAUAGUUGUGACGUGCGUGGGCCAUAAGACGCAGUACACGCUGUGCCACCUGCAGCACGGCAAGGUGUACCACGUGAACCUGUUCGCCGUGAACAAGCGCACCAAUCUGAGCUUCCCGUACGGCAGCACGACGCUCAAGUACGAGCAACGCGCCCGGCCGGUCGCGCUCAGGGACGGAAAGCGCGCCAGCGUCAACCUGCGACACCUCGACGGCCGCGCCUCCUUCAAGUUCAAGGUGGGGCGCAACCCGGGCCCGCAGCUGGUGGCGUACGUGAUGGCGUGCGGCGGCGGCUCGGUGGACGUGCGCAUGCGCGUGGACGGCCAACAGGCGGGCGGGCGCACCCGCGUCGACGGGUACGCGCGCCUCGAGCUGGGCCAGCCGCGCAAGGGACAGCGCUACACGCUGCAGGUGGCCGCGCCCCACCGAGAGGAGCUGCGCCGCGUGCACGCCGUCGAGGUGCUGGCGACGACGCGGCCGGAGCGGUUCCCGCUGGUGGAGCUGCCGCCGCGGCCGCAGCUACACGAGUACGAGUCGCUGCGGCGCUGCCGCUCGGUCACCGUGGGCUGGCUGCCGUCGCCCAGCGCCGCCUCCAGCGCCCAGCCGCUGCGCUACUGCCUCAGCGUGCGCGAGCGCGCGCACGCCGACGACGAGCUCGCGCCGCGCCCCAACCAGUGCGCUCUGCGCCGCGCACCCGCCACGCAGCCCCUCUCCAGCACCUGCCGCGAGGGGGAGACCACCGCCAACAGAGCGAGUAAUGUGACCACACAUGAAGUCACUGGCCUAGAACCAGGUCGCAGUUAUGUGGUUCAGCUCACAGUGCAACGGCCAGGUGGACGACCUCUCUCAUAUGAUCUUCUGCCAGUGCGCACCACAACAGAAUGUCUACAAUAAGUUUAUGUGUGCAUUCUCUUGCAUCUAUCAACUUAUGUAAGAAUGAUAACAGAUGAUGUUGUGAAUGUAGCAGGAAUGUCUGUACCUGGACUCUUACCUUUCCAUGUAAGGAAACAUUUAAGACUAAAUAUUAUAAGAGGCUAUGGACAUAACAGGUAUAGGGCCUUCAUAUAUUUGCUGCUCAAGAUAUGUACUGUCUUAGUGGCAUGAGUUUGUAUGUGAAUCAUUUGAUAAUUUAAUUUUGUUGAAGUAUUAUUUCUAUUAGUUAAGAUCAAACCAAUGUUGAAUUGUAGACUGCGCAAUAUUUAUAUUCUAGGCACAGUUAGUUAAGUCCAUAUUUUCUGACCAUGUUUGAUACAAUAUUGAUUAGAUUUGUUAUGUAAUAGGAAUUUAAUUUCCAAGUAUGUGCCAAUAACUAAUAAGCUUCUGCAAUAUUACAUAUGGAAUCCAGCAUACCUGUGUAGAAUGGUUGCUUUUCCCACACUGUGAUCAAGGAGAGAAGAAAUUCCAAGUGAAAUGUAUAGAGAACACAAUGUAGUCUUCACAGAUUGUAGAUGAAAUAUCAAAACUCUAAACCACUUUUCAGCACAGACCUCACAACAUUCAAGAUUAGUCUCUACAUGUGACAAAUCUAUAGCCUUCUUACACAGUGUUAGCAAUACCUCCACCGAACUCUUUCACAUUAAAUUGUACUUAAUUUUCUACCACUGAUUUCUCUUGGAAAUCUUAAAUACAGUCAUUCAAUAUAUUAUGCAAUGAAUGUGCGUAAUGGUGAAGAUGCUUUAAAUUCAGAUUACUCUUGGUCUUGAAUAUCCAUGCAUAGCUGUACAGUAUUACUGAAGUAGAAUAUCAAAACAAAUACAUUAUUAACAUUUUGACCUGGGUUCCUGUAAGAAUAGUUCAGAAAUAAGCUGCAGUGCUAUCCCUGAAUGUAACUGUCACAAUAGUAUAAAUGUAGCUUGAGUGCUGUAUACUCUGCAGGUUGCUUAAGUAACAUACAAUGAAAGUGACAUUUUACAUAAAUCCACCAAUAAUGCUUUCUAUUUUUGAGAGAAUGUCUGUUAUUUUCUUCAUACAUUGAACAAAGAUGGAAAAUUCACUAGUCUGAAGAAACAUGUUCUAAAAGGACAGCAUAAAAAAAUGCAAACUUUAUAUAAAUGAAAUGACAGAUACUGCAAUAGUGUAUCAGAUAUGUAUUUUGUAAAUGGUUCAAAAAGAGUCUUAAACCAGUAUUCAAAUUUCUUGAAGGUUAUUUGCUAUAUCUUCAUUGUUCUGUCUGCAACCAUUCACAAAAAGCAGCUUUGUGAAUACAAUAGAAUAUGUGCACUUGUCCCAUACAUGCAGAGUUCUUUUUUUCUUUUUGUCAAGUAUCACUAUACAAAUACAGAAUUGGCCACAAUCUAUUCAGUGUAGCAGUUAUAUUAAUAACCAGUCACAUCUGCUAUAGGGAUCACAAUCAAAAGACUUUCAGAUCCAUCCAGCAAAAGGGAGGAAUUAAUCCUGCUAAAAGCCUCUACUUUAAUGUAGAUUGAUUAUAAUCUUUUUAGGAAAAGAACAAAGUCAUUAAUUCCACUCUUCUUUAUGCCACAUUAGAAGCUCUAUGCAACAUCACAUACAUCUUUUGUAACUGUAGAUCCUUUUGCCAUAAGACCUGUGCAUUACAAUAGUUAAUACAAUCAGUUGGAACUACGUACAUUUUCAAAGAGGAUGAUAACACAUAACAGUAUGUACAGUCAAUAAAGGACUGAAAUUUAUUGAACUGAUUUCUUGUCUGUGAUCAGUUAUUCAGUAGUUCAUGGAUAGCAGUUUUGGGGAUGAACAUGUCUUCUUGAGUUUCACAUGCACGUGUUUCUCUGGAACUCCAUUUGAAUUUAGUACCCCUGAAGAGUCUCUUGGAACAUGUCAAGUAUUGAAGAAGUACCUAGUCAUUCCAUAAAAAUUCUUCUGCCAGAUACACCCUGCUCCAUGUAUUUCCUUACAUAGAAAUUGUCUAUGUUACUUAUUAAACAGUGGUUCUUGAUGUUCUACUGCAAAUGGCUUUAAGCAUCAUGUCAUCCUUGGUCAACUACUCAUAACAUACUCAUGCCUUCCCUGAACAUUAGUGUGCACACACACACACACACACACACACACACACACACACACACACACACACACACACACCUCCCUCUCAACAUAUGUAAAGAAGUAUAUUAUCCCAUGCUUCAUUUAUAAGAGUCAGAAGUUACUACCUUCCAAUGCACCUUUUGAUGAAAAGUGUAACAUUUGAAACUUCCUGGUAGGUUAAACCUGUGUGCCAGACCAACACUCAAACUCGGGACCCAUGGACAAGUGCUCUUCUGACUGAGCUACCCAAGCAUGACCCAUCCUCGCAGCUUCAGUUCUGCCAAUACCUCAUCUCCUACCUUCCAAACUUGGAGCUUCUGUGAACCUUGCAGAACCUUGUAAAAUUUAUAUAAUUGUUAAGAGAGCAGAAUGCGACACUACUAAGACAGGUAACAGUUUAUCUUUUUUAAUAAUUUGCAAUAUUAAAUCACCAAUUGUACUUUUAUUUUCAGUCAACUGUGCAAUGUGAAGUGAAAUAUUUUUGCGAAUUCAAGACAGCAUUGCAAAAAGGAUAUGUAGGAAGCAAGUGUCAUAUUUUAUAUAGUAGUACCUAAGUUUCUCUUUAGAAAUGACAUGUGAUGACAUCCUAAUUCAAUUCAGAAUACAAUUUAUGCCAUUAGUUUUACUAUAGACAUCAGGGAUCUUAAACAUUUUCAUUUAGGUUAUCUUGUUUGACUCCAAUGAAACAUCGAAGCAAAAAAAUUUGCCAACAGUAUUCAAAUUCUGGUGACUCAUACUUGUUACAGAUUGAAUGAAUUUAUUUAACUUGAAAAAUAGAAAAGUCUCUCUUCUUUAGGAUAUUAGUGACAAAAGCACAUAGAAUAGUCCUUGUACUAGAAGUAAAUACAGUCUGCUCAUUGCUCAGGAUACUAAUAUAAUUAUCUGUUCUCAGGAGCUCAAAACUUUUUAAUAACACACAAUUUUCUUGCCUAACAAUGUAAAUCAUGAGUUGAAUAAUAAUUUGAAUUAGAACAGAUUGCUGGGAGGCAUCAAGCAGUAAACAGUCUCAUUUAAAAGUAACCUCUUGGAUGUUAGUUUUUCAACAAAGUUCUUUCUUAAGUGAGGAAGAAACACACACACACACACACACACACACACACACACACACACACACACACACACACACAAGUCUCACAUAUAUGGUUAAUGUCACCUCUGAUUGCUCUAGGGAUAAAAGGCAUGUGCAAGGCUGAACCCAGAAGGGGGUUACAGGCAGCUGGAGGAACGGGACUAGUGAAAACUAAGGCCAGGGAGGUUACAGAAAUAAAGGUAAUGUUGCAGGGGGAGUUUCCACAGGCGCAAUUUAGAAAAUCUGGUACUGCUAGAAAAUAAUCCAGAUUUUACAUAACCCUUUCCCCUUCUCUGUUUCUCUCCUCUCUCUUUUUUCCAUGAUCCCACAUCCCUGUACUCUCCCACAGAGAGCAUUUCCCCCACCCACACCCUGCUAACCCCGACACUUACAACUCAUACCACACCUCUUUUGUGCCUCCAAACUCAGAUGACAGAGAUUGCUUUGCACCCAGAUGUGACAGUGGCCAUAUGUGUGUGAGGUUUUGAGUAUGUUUUUUUUCUUCUUGACCUGACAAAGGACUUUGUCUGAACACUAAUACCAAACAGUCUACUUUUAAAAUGCCUGCCCACUGCUCAGUCCUACCUGUCUGUGGUAAGUAGUAAUCUAUUCUAAUGCAUAUGAUUUUUUAAUAAAAUUUUUCUUAAGAGCUACAACACUAUUAGCAUAUACAACAAAACUAAUAAGAAAGAUGAAGGAGAAAACUGUAAGAUAGAAAACGGGUGUCACAGGUGUUGUACGGAAGUAUUAAUAUUUGAAAGUAACUUAUUUACAUCCUAUCUAGUACUGAGAACAAUCAGCCUGACAUAUUGUCCUCAAUCAACAACUGAAAUUAUCUGCCAAUUUUUUUAAGUAAGUAACUCACAUCUUGAAAAUAAAUUCAAAACUAAACUUGAAGCAAAUGUGUCAAAUGUAAAGAAUAGUUGUAAUUACUGGUAAGGGGAAGUUCAUCAGCUUCAAAAAUGAAAAACAUUAUUCCAAAUUAGUUUAAAUAAAUACCUUCACAAUUACAAAAGCACAUAAAGCUACAAAUAAGAGCUAAUUAUAGCAUCAUUAAUAGUGCCUGAUAAUUAGUUGAUUAUUUGAGGUAAUCCUUGCCUUGCUUUGGCAUGAAAACUAGCUCAACCCAAUCAUUUACAGGAAGGACUACUACUGCUAUAAAGUUCAAAUCACUGUACAGCUUGGAAAUUUUCACACAUGCAAAGCAGUGUCAGAGGUAAUUCCACAAAAUGUACUGCAAAAAUUCCCAGAGCUAACCUAGGACCAAAUCUUUAUUUUUGCAGAAUUCCCAUUAAGCAAUUAAUUUAUGCAUCUACUGCCAAUAACAGAAACAAGUUAUGGGAGAAAACUAUAAUUCUCUUACUACAAAAUCAGUGCAAAACCAAACAUGAUGUGCGUCAAAUUCAGAACCAAGAAGUGAAAUAUAUGUUUCUUUCAUUGAAUUUUGUCAGUUGUUCAUCUUUUAGAAAGUAUGCAUUCCUCACACCCUGUACUAUUGAAUGAUUAUGUCUUUGCCUUGUUGCUUUCUUUGUUUCUCUAUUGCUCUACAUUAGUAGUUGCAUGAGAGGGAAUCUUCGAUUCUUUAAGAAUGAAACCGUUAAGUUUACCUUAUUUCUAAUUUUUAUGUUGUUCUUUUUUUUUCCUUAUUUAAAUGCAAUAUAGCACAAUCAAUUCCCCCCAUUGGGCUGCACGUAUUAGCCAAAUUGUAUUAUACAGUUCUUUUCAUGUUUCUAUCACAAUUCAUACUGAUUAAAACUGAAUUCUUUGUUUCCAUGUUACUUUAAAAAUACUCUUGCUAACCCUUCUGCUUUUCUGUGUACCACCUUCCACUGAGUAUGAUGGCUAUUCAGAUCUUUCUCUUUCUUCCUAAGUUCCUUUCUACCUACUUUGUUUCCUUUCCUCAUAUCUACCAUUCUUCUUCUUACUCUCCUCCUCCAUCUGUUCUUUUGCAUCUCUUCUCUGAAGUGCUGUUUUGUGAAGCAGUUCUCUAUUCCUGUUAUUUUCUGUUGCACUGUUUUUGUUAAGUUACCUGUUACCUCUGUAAUUUUCAAACUUUUGUGCAUCCGGGAGGGUUACUAAGCAAUGCACUGUCCCUCUUUUAGAUUAAAUGGCUGAAUCGAAUAGUAUGAUAAAAUAGUCAUUUAGUCUCUCUUUCAAAUAUCAUUCUUACAAUAUGAGAAAAGGAAAGUUGCCACUCACCAUACAGCGGAGAUGCUGAGCUGUGAUAGGCACAAUAAAGAGAUUCACACAAUCAUAGCUUUCGGCCAUUAAGGCCUUUGUCAGCAGUAGACACACACACACACACACACACACACACACACACACACAAGCAAGUGCAACUUGGACUUGGAGAGCUGAAACUACAGUACUAUAGUUUCAGCUCUCUGAGACUGCAGAUGUGUGUGCAAGUUGCACUUGCUUGAGUGUGUGUGUGUGUGUGUGUGUGUGUGUGUGUGUGUGUGUGUGUGUGUGUGUGUGUUUUCAACAAAGGCCUUGUUGGCCGAAAGCUCACUUUCUACUUUCUGACAGUCUUUUUGUUGUGCCUAUCUGUGACUCAGAAUCUCCGCUAUAUGGUAAGUAGCAAUGAUCCUUUUCAUAACAGAGAAUGUGAAAUAUAUAUUUCAUUUUAGAAUAUGAUAAUUUGAUGCAAUUACUCUAUCUCUUUCUUUCUUGUUGUCUCUCAUUAUCAGCCCCCCUCCCCACCACACACACACACACACACACACACACACACACACACACACCACACA